UGUUUUUACGUAAAUACCGUGCUCCUCCGGCAGUUGUAUAACAGUCCCCAGAGCAGCUUAGGAGGAAGUUUCGGCGUGACUCUGUUCUAUAUUACGGUCCAGCAUGUCUUUUUUACGGUUAUGCGUGUCAGCGAGCAGACGGGUCGUGUCUCGGACCCAGGCUGUGGGCUCGGUGUUUUCUGGCUCUGCACGGUCAGCCAGCGGAGCCCUGAAGGACCAAGAGCCGCUGAAGAAGGCCAAAACCCCGCAGGGUCGCUUCGAUGCUCCGGAGAAGAGCGGAGAUGUUCUAGAAAAGUUUCCCGAUGAUGUAAACCCUAAAACCAAGGAGAAAGGUGGCCCUCGGGGUCCGGAGCCCACCAGAUACGGAGACUGGGAGAGGAAGGGCCGCUGUGUGGACUUCUAGGGAAGUCUUCCAGUUUCCCCGCCGUGUGCAGCACUGUCAGAGGGACCUGGGAAGAGAGCCUGCUUUGCAGAAGAGACUGAGACCGUGUGGUCGUGUAAAUAUUUACUGUAUAUGUGUGUAUUCAGAACAAUAUGCUGACCUGAUGAAACUGAUUCUCAGAAAUGUAACUAAAGGACAAUAAAGUCUGAUUUUAACCUGC